AUGGAAUACGAAGCACAAAAUGUUGCCGGAAAAGCGAAGCUAUUCUUUCGAAUGUUGUAUCACUUACUCUAUACGCACUGUAUACGGUAUGUUUCCCUGUCAAAUCUUCGAAGCUUCUUCCCAGGCAUACCAGACUUUCCUAUUCUACCUGCCUUUGUAUGUGGCUACAUUUCCCAUGCAAAUCGCACGAAUUUCCACCUGCUGAAACGACUUUUCCGCAAUAUUCCGUUUGAGUGGCUUACAGUAUGGAAUUGGCUAAUUCAGUUGAGUGAACAGCUGUCACUCGGCGUCACAGGUUUGUUUUGUUUAUGUAGUCAUACCUCGGACUUGCAAUUCUUCAUAGUCCCGGAAAUCUUACACUCCUUUGGAACGUCGAGUUCAUCCGACGAACCUGGAUUCAUCUUCUCAUUGAGCACCGAACUUGACCGCAAUCUGUUGUUCCACCGAAUCGAAGGCACGAUCCGGUCUCUGCUGUUAGUCUGUCCAAAUUACACCAGAAUGGUAAUCGAACGUUGCCUUUCGAUCCACUGUUUUCCUGGUUUGGUUGUCGAUGCCCUCUUCUUCCUCGACAAAAUUGACGACAACUCACUGCUCAUUUAUCUGAAGCGAAUGUUGUUGGAUAGCGGUACGAGAACCCGGAGCUGGAUCAGUGGUUAUUUGAAACGGCAAAUGGGUGCUGAUGGCCAAUUAGAGAAGUUCAGCCAAUAUUUCAUCAAAAGUAGUGCCUCCCUCAUCCCCAGCGAUCCAUCUAUACCUUUGACGAACGAUGCCAUCCUGAAAGCGCUCCUCUUGCUCCGAGUAUUGGCAGCGAUGCGAGGAUUUGUCAAUUACAUCUUUCCACCUACGUUGUCUUUGCAAUUGUUAACCUUACUAACCCACAAGACUGUCGACUCCGAACGUGGAUCUCAAUAUAUCACGUAUUCCCUGGCAUUUUUGAUUGGCUUGCGUUCCAGUCUCCAGGUACCUCAAGAUAUCAUUGUUCGAAAUGGUUCGUCAUCGGACAUAGAGAGUCAGAUCGUGGUUUGGCUACAAGGCUUGAUCAAUCGACAAACUCAUGUGCCACCUGCCGGACUUUCCGAUGAGCAACGCUCCAUCCUUUUAAACACACCGAAUAACCGACCAUAUGCCGAAACGUUGUUACUUCUAGCCAUCCUGUUUCAUACGAAUCAGCCUGGACCAAUCACAGAUCUGAUUUCAAACCUGCUCGGGCUGCGAAUCCCGUCUUUGGGACGUACCGUCAAUGGGUGGCGAAAAAUAUUCCUUCAAUCUGUGUUUACCGAGAGCAUGAUCGCUAGUCAGGUUGCUCGAGUGCCGAUUACUCCACUGUUGAACCGAAGUUCAUCGACACAUCUGCCUAUUCAGUGUGCCCUACAGUUGCUCAAGUCACACGCGUUCGCGAAGAACAAGUUAGAAAUCAAGGACUGGCUUGUCGGACAGAUUCGCCAAAGUGUUCGACCGAUGCAUCCGCUUCUUCCAGAUCUUGUGGAGGCCCACAUCGUCCAUUCGUUCGGGGCAUCGAGUACUCCCGGUUGCAUUGGUGAACCGUCUGCUCUGAUAUCCGAACGUGAAUUAAUUGUACAAAUUCAAAAUGGUGCUAAGUACCCCUUGGCUCAGCUGUGCUCGCCAUCGUUGGAUAUAGCCUGUAAGGAUAGCACACCACCCACUGAUUCGACACAGGUCGACUUCACGGCUGAACUGUUGUUUCUCUAUUAUGCUAUCUACGUGUACGACUACCAAAUCACCUCGAGAUUGUUAUCAAACAGGCACUGCUUGCCAGGCGAAGCUCCGUGUGUCUAUUCCGAUCAGCUUUGGGAUUGCAUUCCCAUUACCUACUUGCUUCGACAUGCCCGUUCAAAUGUAACUGACUACGGUCCGUUGUAUCCACGUCUACUGCAGCUGGUCACGAACCAUUUUCCCAACUUGACUGUUGGAGAGCUGAUGAUCCAAGACGAACUGUUACUAGAUCCUAUAUGGUGUCCGCAAGUCAAGCAAUUUUCUGCCCCGCUUCAGCAGUCAGUCUCAGAUGAACUAACCGUUGAUUCCACGCAACUUCAUUGUGCAGCCAAUAUGGUAAACAUUUGUUCGCCGACGGAACUAGAUGAAGCGUUCGAAGCGGUUCUAACUCACAUCACUCUGUCCUGUGAGAGUGGUGAAGCUCAAAGGCCCAGUCAAACAAACCUGGCCCGCACUUCCGUGCACCACCUCAUCCGUCUCAUUCAGCGACUUUCCCAGGCGGUGGAACAACUCUCAGUGGAUUGCUUAUUACCUUUUGGUCCUGUCCUCGGUCACCAGUGUCCACGUCUUCUUCUUGCGGCGAAUAAGCAUCCGCUUUUUACGACGAAUCGCCGAUUUGUUUGUCGUCUUGAGUACCUCUGGUGCCGUCUGCAUCUAGUGAUGCCAAGGAAACUAGAAUUGUUGACAGUAAAUGCAUUAGUGGAUGGUGUGAACAGCAAGAAACCCAGCUGCUCGUCAUUGCGAUGCAUCAGGUCCGUGAAGAAGCUUACUGGAGCAGACAUCCGAAUCGAUCCGGUGGAAAACCUGUUGAACACGGUAGAUCGGGGCGUGUUUCGGUGCCCUCCGGUACUUCGUAUGUUUUUACGUAUCCUCGAAUCCAACCUGCUAGCCUCGCGAUCUUAUUGGGGACAUCGACUUCUGGAACGCGUUGUCAAUCCUCCUGCAUCAACUAGCGCCCCUUUUGGCUCAGUGACCAACGCAGUAACGUUACCGUCUGUACAAAGUGGAAAUACCUCUGAGUCUGCUUUGGAUUCUUCAUUGCCCAAUCUUCCCACAACCACGUCCGUUGUUAGUGCGACAGCAUCAGCCCGAACGAUUGCUCCGGUUUCUGAUGAGGAGUGCGAGGUGCUUUGUAGCAAUAUGCUUCUCACACAGAACGCAACCGUAGUUCAACUGCUCUUAGAACACUGCCUUCCGACAAAGGAGGAAUCGACCCUAAGGUCACAAAUCAGUGUCCUACGGGAAGUUCAAAACAUCAUCUGUACCUACGUUCAUUCCAUGUUUAUCGCCGAACCGGCCUUGGCCGAGGUCAUUGUGUGGCAAACCCUAAGGUCACAAAUCAGUGUCCUACGGGAAGUUCAAAACAUCAUCUGUACCUACGUUCAUUCCAUGUUUAUCGCCGAACCGGCCUUGGCCGAGGUCAUUGUGUGGCAAACCUUCCCUCACAGCUUGUUACCGAUCAGCACUCAAGCGAUUCCCUCACUCCACAUUUGCCUGGACAGCGUGAUUCACGUCUAUCGACUCAGUGGUGACUAUGCAAAAAUGGUUUUCUGCUUGGAUCUUGUUUCGCAUCUAUCGUUGCACUACAAUAUUCAGUCGGCUUUCGAGCGGGCAGCGUUCAUGAUCGACUCCCUAUUCCAUCUUCUAUCAAGUGUCGUAUGUGCCGACGACCGACCCGAUCUCCUACAAGCUUGUCUCCCCGCAUUUCUUCGGCUCGGUGGUGCGUUUCCAAGCCUAGCCCCGGUGAUUGUUCGACUUCUUCUCACUGUUGGUACCCUGAUAUCAAGCGUCCUGCCAGAUGAGGCCCGUGAUAGUCUUCGGCUACGCACAUCUGAUGAGAAAAGACCGGAACCCGCCACCUGGACAGCUGCGACUUACAACUUGCCCCUGCUUGAUCGGAGCAUGCUCUGCCUAGAGCACGUGAUGUGGACAUUCGAUAAGCUAAUUCACAGAUGUUCUGCCCAGCGUUACCUUUACUAUCCUCCUGAACUUACAUUCUGAUCCUCGGCUCUGUAAUAUAUAUCAUGCUUUCUUACCAAUCUGACAUCCG